AUGAGACUUGCCAGAUUUACCGAGUUCGGAAAGAAGAUCAUCUGUGUCGGACGAAACUAUGCACUUCACGCAAAAGAGAUGGGCCAUGACUUGUCCUCCAAGCCAAUCAUAUUUCUGAAACCUCCCACUGCUUAUCUACCCGAUGGUGGUGUCAUCAAAGUGCCUACUGGUUGCAAGGAAUUGCAUCAUGAAGUCGAGCUAGGCGUUAUCAUUGGCCGUAAAGGGAGCGCAAUCAAAGAAAAUGAAGCGAGUGAUUUUAUUGGCGGCUAUGUGAUUGCUCUGGACAUGACAGCUCGUGAUUUUCAAGGAGAGGCCAAAAAACGCGGAGAACCCUGGUCAAUUGCCAAAGGAUUUGACACUUCAUGCCCAGUUGGAAGCUUUAUUCCUAAAGAGUCAAUCGCUAAUCCCGAAUCGCUUAAAAUUUGGCUUAAAGUAAAUGGAAAAGUGAGACAGGAAGGCAAUACUUCUGAUAUGAUUUACAAGAUACCAUUUCUAAUUAGUUACGUAAGCCAAUACUUUACACUUGAAACUGGUGAUUUGAUUCUCACUGGAACUCCCGAUGGUGUGAGCGCAGUCAAGGACGGUGAUCAAAUUGAGAUUGGCAUUAAUGACUUGUCAAAGGCAUCGUUCACCAUUGCCUAG